UCCUGAACAGAGAGGAUUGAAAAGAGGGAACAAAAAAUGGCCAAUAACGUAAACCCUCUGUUAGGGUUUCUAACCCUCCAGAACGAAAUCAACGCUGCCGGCGCAAUCAACGACGGCGAGGUGGAACAUUGUGACGACGAUGCAGGUCCUGAUAUUCCGUUCACCGACGAAGAAAUCUCUCAAUGGUCAAAUCCAUGGAAGCACACUCUCAUCGUGAAAAUCAUUGGUAAGGAAAAUGUUAGCUUUCAAGCAUUAGAAAAUCAUCUUCAACGUUCUUGGACCAGAAAUGGAACUAUCAAAGUAACAAAUAUGGAAGAUGGUUUCAUUUCUGUGGAUUUCACAGCUGAAGAUGAUUACAAUUAUGUCCUUUUUGAGGGACCUCGGAAGGUGGCUGAAGAUUGCUAUCUAGUGCUACAACGUUGGAGACAGCUUUUUUCGCUAACCGAUGAAAAAAGGGUUGUUGUUUGGAUUAGAAUACUCAAGCUUCCUAUGGAACUUUGUAAUCCAAGUUUUCUUUGGAGGAUUGGAUCAACUUUGGGAGUAAUGUUGAAGGUUGAUGAUAGGUUAAGUUGUUUACACAAAUUCGCGCGAAUAUGUGUGGAGUUAAAUUUGAGUAGACUUUUGGCGUCUCAUAUUAUGAUUAGGGGGUACCGAGUUAAUCUUGAAUAUGAAGGAAUUAGUGGUGAAAGAAUUAACGAAGCGCGUGAGAAAAUGCAGGGGAGAAUUGAAGAAUUUGUCGCGAAGGAAGGGCAAAUUUGUUUAAUGGAGGACUUGAAUGGAGAGUGCAUGCAAGAAGUUAAGACAAAAGAGUUAGAACUUUGUCACGUGAUAGAGCUGAAGAAUGAUUUGGUAUUUAAACAGAAGUAUCUCCAAAGCCGAAUGAAGGAGCUUGAGUCAAAAGAGAAGCAACAUGAAGACCGAGUGAAGAAGCAUGAAUCGAAAAAAAGAGAAUUUGAAGGUCAAGUGAAUGAGCUGGUGAGUGAUUUGUUAUCACAACAGAAGCAUUUCGAAAGCUGGAUGAAGGAGUUUGAGUUAAAAGAGAUGCAACAUGAAGACCAGGUGAAGGAGCAUGAAUCGAAAACGAGAGAAUUCGAAGGUCAAAUGAGGGAGCUAGAAUCUAAAAAGAAGCACUUUGAAAGCCAAGUGUUGGAGCUGGUGAGUGAUUUGGUAUCACAACAGAAGCAUUUCGAAAGCCGAAUGAAAGAGGUUGAGUCAAAAGAGAAGCAACAUGAAGACCAGGCGAAAGAGCAUGAAUUGAAAACGAGAGAAUUUGAUGGCCAAGUGAAGGAGCAUGAAUUGAAAACGAGGGAAUUUGAAGGUCAAGUGAAGGAGCUAGAAUCUAAAAAGAAGAACUUUGAAAGCCAAAUGACGGAGCUGGUGAAUGAUUUGGCAUCACAACAGAAGCAUUUCGAAAGCCGAAUGAAGGAGGUUGAGUCAAAAGAGAAGCAACAUGAAGACCAGGUGAAAGAGCAUGAAUUGAAAACGAGAGAAUUUGAUGGCCAAGUGAAGGAGCAUGAAUUGAAAACGAGGGAAUUUGAAGGUCAAGUGAAGGAGCUAGAAUCUAAAAAGAAGAACUUUGAAAGCCAAAUGACGGAGCUGGUGAAUGAUUUGGCAUCACAACAGAAGCAUUUCGAAAGCCGAAUGAAGGAGGUUGAGUCAAAAGAGAAGCAACAUGAAGACCAGGUGAAGGAGCAUGAAUCAAAAAAGAGAGAAACUGAAGAUAGAGUGAAGGGGUUGGAAUCUAUAAAGAAGCACAUUGUAAACCAAGCAAAGGAGGUAGAGUCAAAAUAUUGCCAAUUUGUAGGCCAAAGAGAAAAGUUUAUAUCAAAAGUGAGAGAAUAUGAAAGCCAAAUGAAGAUGUUGGUAUUGAAAAAGAAGCGUUUCAAAAUCCGAAUGAAGGCGCUUGAGUCAAAAGAGAAGCUGCUGGAAUCUAUAAAGAAGCACUUUGAAAGCCAGGUGGAGGAGCUCGAAUCAAAAGAGAGGCAAUUGAAAGAACAAGUUAAAGAACUUGAGUCUAAAGAGAAGCAACUUGAUGACCGAGUGAAGGAGUUCGAAUCAAAAACGAGAGAUUCUCAAGGCCGGGUGAUGGAUCUGAGACCGGAAACCGAUGGACACACUCUAACGGUGAAGGUUGUUAGCUCUGAACUUGUGAAGACUAUCUACAGCAGCAAUAGCGGUGAAUUGUUGUCCCGCACCGCUGAAUGCCUUGUUGGAGACGAAACUGGAACCAUAAUCUUCACUGCUCGCAACGAACAGGUGGACCUCAUGAAACCUGGUGCAACAGUAAUUCUGGAUAAUGCUAAGAUUGACAUGUUCAAGGGACGUAUGAGGCUGGUAGUUGACAGGCGGGGAGAUAUAGAGGUCGCAAAACCUGCAAAUUUUGAAGUUAGAGAGGAUAACAAUCUUUCAUUAGAUAGAUAUUUUGGUACAUUGAUGAUAAAUGAUAAGUGGUACGGGCUGUAGCUUCUGAAGCGAAAUCUUUCGAAUUUUUCAACAAGUUCCAGUUUUUAGUUUGAUCAUUGAACAAUUGACUGAUGUGCAGGUUAUUAUAUGGUACAAUCUUUGCUUAUUUUUAGUCUUAAGAUUGCUGUGGUUGAUGCUAAGAUUGACA